AUACAUACCUAGCUUGCAGCCUCUGCCUCUGCCCUGCUCCCUCAUUUCACCUCACCCACCCCAUGAGGCCAUAACCCUCUGGCUCUCAUCAAGGCUUCCUCAUGGGGUGGCUCCGCUCCCUCUUCUCCCCCCUGAGGAAGAUCAUGGUGCGCGCGCAUUCGGCGCGCAAAUACCGGAGGGGGAUGAGGAUCCUGUACAAGGAUGUCAAGUCCUGCGAGGACGAAGACGUGCACGUCCUCUGGUCCAUCCUGGUCGACUCGCACCGCCACCCGGGCAUGGUGAAGUUGAAGCUCUAGGGCAUCAUCUUUCGCCGUCGAGCCGGAGGCCAUCAUCUUUCUUGUGGAACUGCACAGUUUCAAUGGCAAUGGCGUCCGGGGAAAGGAUGAGUAGUAGAUACUUUCCUUGUGUGUGUUUGUGACAUGAGUCUGAUGUGUGCAUCUUGUGACUUUGUGGGUGAGGUUGAGACGUCGCCUUUGCUUUGAUGUGAGUGUGAGGUUGAGCUGAUGUAUCUGUAUAUAGAAAGCUCUUGGUGCCUUACCUAAUUAAUGGUAAUGAGUUUGGUUUUUUCCUUUC